AUGGACAGCUGUGGGGCUGCGUCCGUCCGGCUGCUGCGGCUCAGCCUGCAGCGUAAUGGUAGCGCAGUGCGGUACAUGAGCUCUCCAACGAACUUAAGCGAGAAAGCUCGACUUGUUUCGCCUGUGUUGCGAGCCGAGGGCACUGGAGGACGCUCCUCGGUCUCCGGGAUUAUUGCUACUGUUUUUGGUUCAACGGGCUUUCUGGGACGGUACGUUGUUAGUCAGUUGGGGCGCAUUGGGAGCACAGUUUUUGUUGCCUGGAGAGGUGACGAACUGGACAAUCGACAUCUGAAGGUUAUGGGCGAUCUAGGUCAGAUCAAUCCUAUUCAGAUUGAAGCUCGGGACAUCAAUUCCCUGCGUCGAUCAAUUGCGGGCUCGAACGUCGUAAUCAACCUUAUCGGAAAAUGGUACGAUACGAGGUACUACUCCCUCGAGGACGUGAAUAUUGGUGUUGCGGAGACUAUCGCGCGUCUUGCAAGCCUCGAACAGGUAGAGCACUUUAUCCAUGUGUCCGCUCUACCUGCUUACAGUAAGGCGAACUCGGAGUAUCCAGAAGAUCGCUGGUCUCGCUCUAAGAUCGAGGGCGAACGGCUUGUUCGACAAGCUUUCCCGCGAGCGACGAUUUUCCGCCCAGCAGAUAUUUGGGGCAUGGAAGAUCGCUUUCUUGCGAGGAUAGCUACUUCGCUCAGUAGGCUAGGGUUUGUUCCCGUCGUCCAAGGCGGAAAAAGCCGGACUCAACCAGUUUGGGUAGACGAUGUCGCCCGAGCAAUUGUAUCGAGUGUGCGCAAUCCCGAGUCCACUGCGGGGAAGACGUACGAACUAUUCGGUCCCCGGGUGCUUACCCGCCGUGAAGUAGUAGAAUUUGUCGCAGACUCUACGAAAAGGGAGCUUAAUCUUUUGAACUUACCCCUCCCUAUUGCCAAAGUCGUCAUGCGCCUCACGGGAAUGCGGCUACCUUUGGUGAACCCUUCACCGCUUUUUACGGAGAGCGAUGCCGUCAGAGAGGCGUCUGAUGUGAUAGCCAGCUCCAUAUUAUCAUCAGGGGAGGAGCGUGAAGCACUGGGCACAUUUGAUGACCUGGACAUCAUACCGCACGAUCUUUUGAGCGACCUCGGUCGUAACACGCUGCGCCAAUAUCGCAAGGGUGGAGAUCGGAGUUCGCUUUUUUACGUUGAUUAG